AUGGAUUUGAGGAGUACAAUUUUGAGGGUGCAGAUGCACAGGCAACCUUUCGGUCGCCACAGACCCCGCACACGCCACGACCACCGAACACGCCAUCGACGCCGCAUGACUCCACUUCUAGAGGUGUUACGGGCGGUCACGACUCGAAUGCGAGUAAUUUUCAGGACUCUUUGUUGCCCCUCAUCAGCCGAAAAGGGAAAAAAUUUGGGUCUAGGAAAAUCCAUAGCACGUGUAUUAGUCUCUUUUGGGAGAAUAUGGAUCAUCCGUGGCCCCGGUUCAGUGAUAUUCCCUAUGAGGCUCUUCUGCAGAUGUUUUCGCGUUUCAAGGUGGCAUUCACUAGAGAAUAGUAACAUAUUUGAUGCCUUCAAGUGUGUCCUCAAGGAUAGAUACAGGGAUCGGAUGAAGCGUAUCAGGAUUAAAUCUGGGGACAUGGCACGAAUUGAUGAAAAACCCAUCCCCCAGGUCAUUGUACCUACUUCGAAGGGAUGCAUAACUACCGCCCCCGAGCGAGUACCGGAGAAUGUGUGGCUACGUUUGUGUGAUCAUUGGUCCACAGAUAAGUGGAGAAAGAAUUCAAAAAUUGCUCAGCAGAACCGCAAAGUCGCAGAUGCUAAUGGGUCGACAGCAAGGCACACCGCGGGUAGUAUAGGAUUUGACGAGCACCGUAACAACUUAGAAAAGAUGAUGGGUAAACCACCCACACAAUUUGAUGUUUUCAUCAAGACGCAUGGCACAACUGAGGUGAAAAAAAUAUAUUUUGCGAGAGAUCAUGAAAAUCUCGAAUAUUGCUCACAAACUGCCAAAGAAGCACAAGAGGCGUAUCUACAGGCGUUGGUCAAAAAAUACGGAGAAGACUCUUCAAACCGUAAAGAUGAUGCAGGGGUAUGGGAGGAAACCCAACUAAGGAGAAACGGAAAGAAGAAGGGUGAUAUCUAUGACAUUGGAGCAUCAGAUAUACAUUUUGUGAUUUCUGGGACACCAUCUUUCCAAUCCACCCAAUCAGAUAGUACACAACAAGAGGUUGAUAGGUUGCGUGCACAAGUUUCUACCAUGGAACAACAACAACAACAACAACAAAUGAAAGAACAAAUGGAAAUGGUUAUGAGGAUGAUGAAUAUGUCUGGAAAUCAACCUCGUGCUCCCCCCGAUAAUCCACCUGAGGACAAUUGA